AUGGCCGCGUAUGAGAAGGGGCGGGUUAGAAGGGAGUGUGGUAAUGGAAGCGGGUCUGUUGAAUUUAGCAGCGAGGAUCAUCAACUUAGUAGCGAGGAUGCACUGAGAGAAGUCAAGAUGUGGGUGUCUGCUUCCAGAAGGUUUUAUGCCAAACUUAGCAAAGUAAUGAAAGCAAAGAGACAGAGCCUUCCUUUUGGCAGGGCAGCUGCUAAAUCAGACAAGGAUUCUGGAUUCUCAGAUGGCAGCUUGGAUUACCUGAGUUCAUCUGAACCAACCAACUCAAAGGAUGCUCUGAGAGCUUCAUGGCAGAGCUCAGCAGCUACAUUUUCUCCUAUGAUGGUAAUGAAAAACACAGUAGUCAGACAGGAAGGAAACUCAUCACAGUUUCGGCCUUGGACUGUACAGCCUUCAUGGGAGACAAUUUCGACUCACCAACCACUUGUGGUUCUUGGUCCACCCAUUCCUUCUGCUGUGACCCUUCAAGCAACUAGGGAGGAGAAAGGUGACUCUUUUGAUCUCCUGCCCAUCUUGAACUCCUAUGCAAAGAUAGCUCUACAGCCACACAAAAGGGGCCUGGAAGAUAGAGAAGAAACCAGGAAGCAGAAGCGGCUUUGUACCGGCAGGACAGGCACAUCCCCAAACCAGGAUGUCCCAGGCCGAAAUGCAACAGCUGUUCAUGGAUUUCAGCACAUCUCCAUUACUAAGUCAAAGGCUCUGGGUUGUGCCCCAGCAUCCUCUACGCCCGCUUCCCCUGCAUCAGAAAGUCAAGCACGGGAUGUGGCACAGUCUGCAUUGUGCAACCCACUUGUGUUGGGGAAGGAACUCAGCAGCUCUUCAGACCUGCCAUCGCAGCAGCCGGGCAAGCAUAAACGUUUCCAGAACACAUUGGUGGUGCUGCACAAGUCUGGACUGCUGGACAUCACAUUGAAAACCAAGAAGCUGAUCAGUCAGAACCUAGUGACCCAGGUGGAGCUGGACCAGCUGAAGCAGCAAACACAGCUGUUCUUGGAAGCACUUAAGAACAACACUUCUCGGGCGUGGGCUGAGCUAGAGGCAUCUCUAAGGCAACCAAAUGAAGCCACGAACAGCUUGUUGACCUCUCCGGGCAUCUAGUGCCAAUGUAACU